AUUUUCAUCACCGUGAAUUGCCUGAGUACAGAUUUCUCCUCCCAAAAAGGGGUGAAAGGACUUCCUUUGAUGAUUCAGAUUGAUACAUACAGUUAUAAUAAUCGCAGCAAUAAACCCAUUCAUAGAGCUUAUUGCCAGAUCAAGGUCUUCUGUGACAAAGGAGCAGAAAGAAAAAUCCGAGAUGAAGAGAGGAAGCAGAACAGGAAGAAGGGGAAAGGCCAGGCCUCCCAAACCCAGUGCAAUAACUCCUCUGAUGGGAAGUUGGCUGCCAUACCUUUGCAGAAGAAGAGCGACAUCACCUACUUCAAAACCAUGCCAGAUCUGCACUCACAGCCGGUCCUCUUCAUACCCGACGUGCACUUUGCAAACCUGCAGAGGACUGGACAGGUGUAUUACAACACGGAUGAUGAACGAGAAGGCAGCAGUGUCCUUGUGAAACGGAUGUUCAGGCCCAUGGAAGAGGAGUUUGGUCCAGCACCUUCUAAGCAGAUGAAAGAAGAAGGGAUGAAGCGAGUGCUUUUGUAUGUGCGGAGGGAGACGGAUGAUGUGUUUGAUGCUUUGAUGUUGAAAUCCCCCACGGUGAAGGGCCUGAUGGAUGCGAUAUCUGAGAAAUAUGGGCUGCCUGUGGAGAAGAUAGCAAAGCUUUACAAGAAAAGCAAAAAAGGCAUCUUGGUGAACAUGGAUGACAACAUCAUCGAGCACUACUCGCACGAGGACACCUUCAUCCUUAACAUGGAGAGCAUGGUGGAAGGCUUCAAGAUCACGCUCACGGAAAUCUGAACUGGGCUCCGCAUCCCGUCAGCAGGAGCUGUCAGUGCGUCCUCCCCGGGAGGUGUGGAGGCCCGGCCCCGGAGCCCACCUCCCACCUCAUCACUGCUGUUACAGGACUGCGCUGGGGGGCACUGA